UCGCAACGAGCCAUCGGGCAGCUGGCGAUGGGAUGCUGCGGGAGUCGCCUCGUCACCGCAUCCGACGAGAUCGAGACUGAUGAUAUUGUCGUCGCUGAGGACGGUCAAGUCCAUGCAGAAAACGCAGACACUGCGGUGAAACUCUCCAUUGAUGUGAACCCAUCGACCAACGAGGUGUCGAUUGUUGGCGCGUCGAAGGACUUUCACCUCAAGUACACGUUGGGCGACGUAAUUGGGAAGGGUGGGUACUCCAUAGUUCACAAGGCUGUACUCAAAGCUACUGGCGUCGAGUACGCUGUCAAAUGCAUCCAGCGAGAUAAACUUGACAGCGAGGACCUGGCUCGGAUGGCUGCAGAAGUCAACGUCCUGGCACAGCUCAAACACCCCAACAUUAUUCAGCUCUUCGACUUCUUCGAGGAGGAGCACUUUUAUUACAUUGUGACGGAGUACAUGGAAGGUGGCGAAUUGUUUCAGCGUCUUAUCGAAAAGACGUACUACACGCAGCAAGACGCAAAGAACGUCGUGCGAACGCUUCUCGAGACCAUCAAGUUCUGCCACGACAAAGGCAUUGCCCACCGCGACUUGAAGCCUGAAAAUAUCCUCCUCACCAGCAUCUACGACGACGCGUCCGUAAAACUGGGCGACUUUGGGCUCGCUACAUUGCAUCACAACACGAGCAGCAUGGUCACGCGCUGUGGCAGUCCCUUGUACUUGGCACCGGAGAUACUCAAGAUUGGGACACCGUACGGCAAAGAAUGCGAUAUCUGGAGCAUCGGCGUCAUUACGUUCAUGUUGCUCUCGGGGUGCCCACCGUUUUAUGACGAGAACGUGGCGGUCCUGUACGACAAAAUCAAAGCCGGGUCGUACCAAUAUGAUCCGUACUACUGGAAGCACGUGUCGAACGAAGCCAAGCACUUGAUAUCGCUCAUGCUCCAAGUGGAUCCGUCCAAGCGAGCGACGGCGGACCAACUACUCAAGCACGAGUGGCUGCGAGACGAAAACGAUGACGACCCGACGUCCCUCACGCUAUCGCAUGCAUUAGCAAACCUGAGGACGUUCCAUGCUCGAAACACACUGAAGCGGGCUAUCAACACGGUUCAACUGGCAGUGGCUCUGCACAAGCGACCGAGCACACCACAAAGUUUGCCCGCGCGCCACGAGGAAUCGACCGAUGCCAAGACAACAAGCGUUGUGGACGACGAGUGGGAAGUCGAUUCGGAUCUGUCGUCGCCAGCGGCGUCCAUCUCGUCCAGUGUGUUUGAAUCGUAUCAUUUUACGCGAGAUGCCAUCGAUCCGAGGGAUGGGUGGUCGUCCGAGUUCACAGCCGUGAGCGCUGACAUCAGCAACGAAGAUGAAUGGUUGUAAUUAUCGAGAGACUGGGGAUCGUAUUCGGUCAAGACUUGCCGUACUUUUGUCAGGCUGCAACAAUGUCGCUCACGACCCGUUCUUCCGACUUUUGCAGCGUCAACGAUGCUUUGACCUAGAUGCAAAUUUGAGUGAGUCAAUGUCAGGUGCCGUAUACAGUCUACCAAGGC